GAUGCGCUAAGCUGCCCAAACAGUGAGGGAAAUCCAGUGAAACCUUUGGCCCAGACUCUGGCUGGUCCCUGUACAGAUGAGCAAGAGAUUAUAGUUCAAGGCACCUUCUCCUAUCCUGGCAGUUGCAGUCCUUGGUGCUGAUGUUGCUCCCUACUAGUCCCCUAGUGAGCUGUACCCCCAAAAGGAGACAAUAGGUCCUUACCCCACCCCCCCACCACUUCCACACUACCAGCAGGGCUGGCCAACGACAGAGGUGAGUGUACACUGCCCCCGCCGAAGGGCUGGUGCAGACUCUGGGCUCCCAGGGAGCUCUCCCGAAGCAAAGCCUGAGGCAAUGCUGUUCUGCACAGCUCCAUUUUAGACCCAUGCCUAUUGGUACCACCUGCCCCUUUAUGGAUGCAGCCAGCACCUUUGGAUUUCUACCCAUCUCAAGUUCUCCAGGCUUUGAGCCCUUCUGCAUUUGUUUCCUCUGGAUCCUCAGAGAAGCGUUUGUAGCCCAUCAGAAUGUGUGUCUCCUCCAGCCCAGAAACAGCACUGGAUUACGAUCAGUUUACAUUUCCUUGUGUAGUGUUUGUGGAGAUCAGCCAAGCAAUGCGUUACUCUGUUUGCCACGAACAGGACCCCCAGCUUCUGCACGCGACGCUUCAUGUCGGAGGGACGUCGAGGAAGAGCCAAGUGUGCGGGAUAUGCAGGUGUUGGAGGAGAGGCGAAUCCAUACAGAGCUCUGCACAGAUGAGAUGAUUGUGAUUAAAACAGAGGUGCAGGAGCAUGAGGAAGAUCCUGAAGACCUGGAGCCACAUGACAUGCUCCUGGGAAGUUCAGGGGAAAGUGUUUCGCAGAGUCUGGCUGCUACCACAGCCUGGGAGGGUCAGUGCGGCUCUGUGACGCUGCCAAGGAGCCCGGCAGGCAUUGUCUUGGGGGAGCCGACUCCACGUGGAAGAGAUUUCAGUGGCAUCAAGCCUCUCCUCGUCCAUCAGGCAAGCCACGCGGGAGGGAGGCCAUAUGUCACAUGUACUAAGGGUGGGAAGAGCUUCCGGCUGAAAGUGAGCUUUGGGAAACAGCACAGGAGCCGUGCCAGAGAGAGACCUUAUCAGUGCACCGAGUGUGCCAGGAGCUUCCGGUGCCAUUUGGAGUUCAUCCAACACUAUGUGAGCCACAGUGGGGAGAGGCCAUACAAAUACGCCGGUGGUGAGCAGACCUGCAGUCGGAAGUGGUUCCUUCUGAAUCACCGACAAGUCCGGGUGGAGGAGAGGCUGUUCCAGUGCGUUGUGUGCGGAAAGAGCUUCCAGCUGAAGGGGAGGUUCCUCAGGCACCAGCGGGGCCACGGGAAGGAGAAUCCCCAGGACUGCACGGAGCGUGACAAGGGCUGCAGCUGCUGUGACAAGGGCUGCAGCUGCCACGCCAAGCUCUGUGUGGGCCAGCGGCGCCAGGCUGGGGGGAAGGCCGGCCAGUGCGCUGAGGGUGGGGAGACAUCCGCUCAGAAGCAGCAUCUGCCCAGUGGCCAGCGAGCCUGCUCUGGGGAGAGGCCGUUCCGAUGCACCGUCUGCGAGAAGACCUACAAGGUCAGGACCAGCUUCCACAAGCAUCUGCAGAGCCACGAGACCGGGACGCCCUGCAAGCACGCAAAGUGCAGGGCUGACUUCCCAGGUACGACGCCGCCACAGGGUCAGCAGAGGGGAGACCAGACCGAGCAGGCUUCCCCAGGGCAAAGACUGGAGACCAGGAAAGCACCAGGGAGUGGGAUGGGUGAUUAGGUGGUAACUAGUGCCUUACGUCCCGACCAGUUCAACCCUGCGCUUGGUAGGCUGGAAAAGCGCCCACAACCUCCUUCCGGCCUUGGGGCUGGAGGGUGGGUGGGUGGGGGGUGGGGCCCUCCCUGGCCAAUUGUAAAUGACUUUGUUGGGCAGCACUCAAGGGCUGCUCCCCCGGCAUCUCGUCCUCCUGCAGGCUCCCUGGACAAACCCGUGAAGAGCGUCUGAUCUCUGCUCUGCACCAGCUGACUAAAGCACGCGAGAUUCCAGUGCUUUGCUCACUUGACGCUGCAGGGGGAGGCAGGAUCUGACAAAGGGCAGGUGGCUAAAAGCCUGCUCUCUAGCUCACCAGAGCCUGAAGAAAUCUGCCUGCGUGAAAGGGUUAACUGCUGCAGUUUGGCAAAUACCUGGUACCUUCAUGGUAAAAACCUCGGAGUGCUGAGUCCAGAUCCUUCUUCCUAGGUCUGCCUGACUCCUCCCCUUCUCAGGAUCAUGCUCCCCCCCACCCCCGGAGCGAUCUCCUUAUUCUCAUCUGCACUGAGCCAUUUCUCCUCUCCAAGCAACCCCUGUCCCUUCCUCCUCCUGCCAGUCAAUAAUCCCCACUCCCGAUCUGUGUUCCUGUGCCGCAUCUUGUCCUACUUCGCUGGUAAACUCUGGGCCUUGGGGCAGUGUCCAAGUUUAGGUCUGUGCAGUGCUAUUUAUAUGUGCCACCUUGCUGGAUAAAUGACUUCUGAAGGCAUCAGACCGAAUGUUCACAAGCUUGCCCCACAGUUCCCUGUGAGCUGGGCUGGUGGGGCAGCAUGUCUGGGUCCCGAUGAGCAGAGUCAGGGCUAGGCAUUUAGGUUAGUCAAUGGGGCUGAAAUCUCAUCAGUUGUUGCUGCAAGAUUUGUGUCCUAAUACCUGCUCUCCCAGUAGGAAGGUGUCGCCGUCCUGUAGCGCCGAAGCCCUUCUCUCACUGGCUCUCUUCCAAAAUAGGGUUCUUUUGGUCCGAGGUUCAGAGGAUAAUCUCAGCAUUAGGGCUGCACCUGGCCUGUCCUUCUUGAGUUUUGUUUGUUUAGGGUUUUUUUUCUUGCAUCUCUCUGUGUGGGUUUUUAUAGGGACAUACGAUCUCACAUGUAUAAUGGCAGCUAAACCCCAUCAUUGCUCACUGGUGGGAAUGGCUGAUGAUCCUUCUCCACUAUGAAUGGUUUGUGGGGAAUAGUGGGCUGUUAUGAACACUGAGAAGCUGAACUUGGGUAGCGUCAACGAUUCUCCCGAUGAUGCUACAGUUUGGGAGCAGUUUCAUAAAUGCUCUGAGCAUGGAAAUUCCAGGUUUGUGAAGUUACGGAAAUGGCAUGGUUUUUCUUAUGUAAAUGUGUGUUGCUUCUGAUACCCCUCCUCACCUUCCACUUCCACUCGCCCCGGUGUUUUAAUAACACCAGGUUACUUAUAUUCCCCUCUGCUAUUGCUGGGUACCAUUUUGCUUUUGCUUUUUGUACCAUAUGAGGCUUAAUUUGGUUUUAUUACUGGGUGGGCUGUAUAUAGUCUGCAUCUGAACCGUCUUGAAAUGGAUCUGGUUGCCAUGCAAAGCUCUUGUCUGCCUUUCUUCUGUACCUCUUUGUUUUGUAACCUGGAUGACAAAUCUGUCAUGUAACGUUGUCCGUCUGACAUUUAUUCUAAUAAAAACAAUUGUAACAAAAGUGAAAUGGACACAAAACAUAUUGAUUCAAAAAAUAAUUGUCCAUAUUGGUGAGGGUUGGGUGUGGUGACUACAGAAACCAGACCUGGUGCCUCUUUGGAGGACUAUGGUUAAAAACACACUGUCCCUAACGGUGAAUUGCAAAGGGGAUAGAAGAAUUAGGUGUGCGUCCUCUUAGGGAUUUUUAUGGUGAUGUUUACAAAAGAUCUGAAAGAUUUUUGUUAGUUUCCAAAGAACAUUUCUUUUUCCUGCUUGACAUCAAAUUUAUUCUUCCCUGUUUUUGUAAAGGUCUUUUUUGGAAGAGCUAGAGAUAUAGAUUGGGAGUUCUGUCAGCACUUAACUAGAUGAGCGAAAAUGCUAAAUAUUUAAUAGUCUGCUUUUUUUCCCUAUUUUUGGUACUUGAGUUAAAUGGCAUGGAAGGUAAAUUGGGUGCUCCUGUUUUCCUUGUCUCAUAAAGAAGAGCAAGAGGAUAUCAAGUGAAAUUGAA